CGGAGCUGGUGUCGUUGUUGCCGCCGCGCUGCAGCCCCGGGGCCGUGAGGCGCUGCCGCCCCGCCGGGCGCGGGGUGCUGUGCUGGGCUGUGCUGCGUUCCGUGCGGUGCUGUGCCGUGCGGUGCUGUGCCGUGCGGUGCCGGCGCCAUGGGCUGGGUGCCGGCGCAGGGCCGGCUGGCGGCGGGGCUGCUGGUGAACCUGGCCGCCUCCAUCUGCAUCGUCUUCCUGAACAAGUGGCUGUACGUGCGGCUGGGCUUCCCCAACCUCAGCCUGACGCUGGUGCACUUCGCCAUCACCUGGCUCGGCCUCUACCUCUGCCAGGCGCUCGGCGCCUUCGCCCCUAAGAGCCUGCGGGCCGCCCAGGUGCUGCCGCUGGCGCUCAGCUUCUGCGGCUUCGUCGUCUUCACCAACCUCUCGCUGCAGAGCAACACCAUCGGCACCUACCAGCUGGCCAAGGCCAUGACCACGCCGGUCAUCGUGCUCAUCCAGAGCCUGGCCUACGGCAAGAGCUUCCCGCUCCGCAUCAAGCUCACCCUGGUGCCCAUCACGCUCGGCGUGUUCCUCAACUCCUACUACGACGUGAAGUUCAGCGCCCUGGGCACGGUGUUCGCCACGCUGGGCGUCCUGGUCACGUCUCUCUAUCAAGUGUGGGUCGGAGCAAAGCAGCAUGAAUUGCAGGUGAACUCCAUGCAGUUGCUGUACUAUCAGGCACCCAUGUCCUCGGCCAUGCUGCUGUUCAUCAUUCCUUUCUUUGAGCCAGUCUUCGGAGAAGGGGGUAUAUUUGGGCCCUGGACGCUUUCUGCUGUGAUCAUGGUGCUGCUGUCUGGUGUGAUAGCCUUCAUGGUAAACUUGUCCAUUUACUGGAUCAUUGGGAAUACAUCGCCUGUCACAUACAACAUGUUCGGACACUUCAAGUUCUGCAUCACCCUGCUGGGAGGGUGCCUCUUGUUUAAGGACCCCUUGUCUGUUAACCAAGGCCUUGGCAUUCUGUGCACGUUGUUUGGCAUCUUAGCCUACACGCACUUCAAGCUUAGCGAGCAGGAAAACAGUAAGAGUAAAUUGGUUCAGCGUCCAUAAAGCAGGGCUUUCUGGGGCUUAGUAACAUUAUGUUGUGAGGGACAACGAGUAUUGAAAUCUGCAUUGAUUCUAGAAUGCACAGAACUGCCUCAUUCAUUUAGAACGGUGGCUUUAAUUGAACUGCCAGGAUCGUUAUUCUGUAACUAAAGCAAAGAAACUGAAUGGUGUGAAAUGUCAGGGCUCUCCUGUCUCACUCUGUCCCAUCGUUUUCAUUACAUGUAAGUGGUAACUUAACAAAGGAACUGGCACACAUCAAAUUGCCGUGGAGAUGUUUCUGCAGUCAUUAUGUUUUUUGCAUACCAAAUGAGGUGGUGGUGGCUGCUGUUAUGACACAGAGCAGCAAUGUCAUAUUUGCGACCAUGCCUGUAUUGUGGGCUGAAAUGCUUCCUCCCUUUUGUCUGGUAGGUGAUGGAGAGAAAAUGGACCACGUUUAGCAAGGGCUCUGAGCUCAUUCCUAUUGUAUGCUUGACUUGAAUGCACUGACAAAUGAGGUGAAAUUAGCGGUGGAGGGAGACAAGAGCAGAGGAGAAGCUGGAAAACUUGAAGCCCCAGGCCAAGCUGUAGAUAAACAGGAAAAAAGAUCUAAACCGCUCUUCAGUUUUUCUUCAAACCUGUCAGGGCAUGGACUUAGUCAUUAGUAUCUUUACAGAACCUGCUGCCACCUCACGGUUUUCUCUUUGCCAAAACAAGGCUUGACGCGAGAUGGCGAGCCCGCUAAAAUCUCUGAUUUCAUGGUGGUUGCCAAAUGCUUUGCAGCCCGUGCGUGUGGGCAGCCGUGCUCAGAAUAGCCAUGAGGAGCAUCAGAGAGGGUUGCUGACUGCGCGAGAUACGGCCUAGGGAUGUGGCCGUGAACUGCACUGAGGCGGCUGGAAGGAGUGAUUUGGGAUGGGUGGCUCUGUGCUAAUUCUGAACGCUUUGCAAAGGACUUUGUGCCAGUACCAAGAGCUGAUAUGACAGCAUGGGAGGAAGAAGCUGAGUACUGUUCUAUUUUAAAUAUGAAAGCAAAAAUAAAUGCGCUUGGUGAAUCUGGUGAAAGCAUAUGUUCUCUAGAUUUGCCAGGUUAGAAUUGAUUUGCAGUAUAUUCUUACAUUUUGGGGUUUAUUUCGUCUUCAUCUACCUCUAGCAGAUCUAAAGAGGGGAAGUACGUGAUCAUGAGCAGGUAUGGAAGUUUACAACCGUGGACAGAAAUAAGUAGUUCCUAGGAGCUAAGUCUUUGUGUAAGAAACAACGUACAUCUUCUGAAGCAUAGAAAUUACUUCUUGGUACACAGAUCUCCCUUUCAGAAAAUAAUAUGACUCUGUGUAGCCUGAGUUUGCACUGCAGCACUCCAUAACAUUUCAGAGUCAGAAAGACCUGAUAACUUUACAUCUCUGCCGACUGUAUCUCAGACAUUGCUCUGCUCCAAGGAUACAUUUUUGUAUACAUUUUUGUAGUUCUAUAAUUAGUUUAAAAAUGGAGCCUGGACUGCUGAGAGAUGUGUUCAGACAGGACAGACUCUGGACGCGCAUCUUUCAGUACGUGCUCUGAGAAAAGCCAUUUGCGUUAAUUUGUGCCAUGCACAAGCUCUUCUAAAACGUAGACAGGCCACAAAGACUCCUACGGUUUGGGAAUGGCGACUGGAUUAGAAGCCUGUAUGACAGCAGCGUGUGAGGUGGGACUGAUGGACACGUAAAGUGGCAGAAUGAACAGAACAAAAUGCCUGCAAAUGCAAGAGACUCUGUAGGGAGGGGAGCGGAUCCACAGGAGAAAGGAAACGGUGUUGUGUCAAAUGGAACUUUACAAAUCCUGACUGGUUCUGGAACAUAUCGGUCAUGUCGGCCACCUACGUGACGUGAUUGUUUCUGUAUGUUCAGGAACUUGCCCUUGAGACGUACCUACUGCCCCUAAUAAAGCAUCUUCAACUACUUUUGUCAUAUGAUUCAAAAUGUUGACUGUGGGAAGCUUGUGUAAUUGCUGGGUAAGUGAUCUCUUUAUAUGUAUUGUUUGUUUGGAUGCCAUGUGUAAGGUGGAAAUAAAUUUGUAACGCUUGACCCAUCCCUGCACAUUGA